AUGGACAAAUCAAAGAAACGUUCUACAAACUUUAGCAAAGAGGAGGAACUUUGUUUAUUGCAAGAAAUUGAAAAAUAUAAAGAUAUAGUAGAGUGCAAAACUACAAAAUUUAUUAGUGGUGGAGCAUCAUUCGUUCUCGAAACAGAAAGUGUUAAAAAGCGGCGAGAUAUUUGGCGCUGCAUCCAAAGAAACACUAAGUGUUCCGCAAAAGUGUUUACAAUAGGCUGUGACGACCUCACCAUCACAAGAAGUGAUUUGGUACAUAAUCAUGAAGCCGAUCCAAAAAAGCUUGAAGUAAAGAUGGUAACCAAUGCAUGUAAAAGAAAAGCCCAAGAGGACAUAUCGGAAAAGCCUGCCAAAAUUACAAGAACUGCUGUUGCUGAAUGUGAUGCCAAUUUGCUGAUGGUUCCUGACAUAGCUAGCAUAAGAAAGAACAUUUACAACUGUCGUCGUAAACUGUUACCAGGUCCGUUACCAAAAAGCAUAUCAGAAGUCCAUAACGCGGAAGAAGCAUGGCAAAAAUUUUUAACUAAUUUUAAUGCUAAAAAUAUGGUAUGGAGAACAGUGGAACAAGUAAAAAAUAAAUAUGAUAACAUUAAAACGAGAACAAGAAAAGUUGUGGCCAAAGAGAAGUCAUAUUUAAGAGGCACUGGUGGUGGUCCUGAAAUAAAAACUUUAGAGGAUCCUGUGAUUGUGGCAACCCUAAGAAUUAUUAAUGAAAAAACAGUGGUGGGCUUGAAAACCAUUUUAGAUAGUGAUGAGACAAUACAAACUAAUUAUGUGUGGGAAAACAUUCCCAGUACUAGUGAAGAAAAAAUACCUGACAAAGUAAGAAAGAAGCCCAAAACAGAGGAAAAAACAAAUUGGAGUACAUAUGUUCCAAACAAUUUACAAACACCCAGAAACAAAAAAUUACUGCCAAAAAUUAGAAAUCCAGUUUUUUCUGCAAAAGAACAAUAUUACAGGAGAAAAUAUAUACUUCUCCUGAGAACGUUUAAAGCAGAAGAAAAAGAAAGAAGAAAAAGGAUGGAAAGGGAAGAGAAGAAUUAUAAAGCAGAAGAGGAAGGAAGAAAAAUUGAGGAAGGAAGAGAAAAAAAUCUAUAG